AUGAUUCAUGAGGUAAAUAAGAUUACUCGGCACUUAGCAUUGACCGUCGAAGGUGCUGUAACCCUUUUAAAUUUGUUCCCCGUGGCUCUAGCUUUUGCACUAUCUCAAGUCGUCGCUAACUCAAAUUACGAAAAUGCUUACAUAAUAUCUCAUCUUAAACACCUGAGCUAUUGCUCCAACAACCCAGAUCAAACAGCAUUAGAAAUAAGAUCCGUCAAUGCACAGUCUCGUUCCAGAAAUCUUGCGACUGCCAAAACCAAGAAACGUCCUCUCUCCCGUACAUCGACUGCGAGUGUAAGGAGUGGUACAACUCAAGCGGUUGUAGAGCAUGUGGCAGACUCCGCCACGGCAGAUUUUCACAGACAGUGGUUUGAACAAAACACUCAUGUUCAGCCAAGGUUUGGAAGUUUAGGUCAUCAAAUGACAACCGAAGAUAUUUUCAUGCAGAGCGUACCUCAUCUCCAGAAUUCAAGAGAGUACGAAAUUGAUCCAUCACUUGGAAACCCACAACACAAUGGAAGUCUAGCUUAUCAUCAGGAGAUGCCUUACAGGCCAGAAAUGGGACGGCAGCCCAUUCUCACCGAUGUUUAUAAUGUUAAUUAUGCAGAUGGUGACUCUCACAUCCUUGAUGGCCGCAGUGAUGAGCAAGAAGAAAUUGAAUCAGUGGCAGGGGCUAGCGGUACCACCAAGAAAGCGUCCAAGUCGAGUGCAGCCAAUGAAUUAGAAAUGCGGCAGCUCUUUCAGGCAAACAAACACCGUAGCUUACCCGAUAUCGCAACUGAGCUCCACGGUAACGAACGUGGCCCUCAGUCCGAACGACAGCGACAAAUUAACAUAUAUUAUUUUAGGAUAAAUCAAGUAUGCAGCAAAGGAAAAGGAUCUGUCCCAAGAGGACGUGUGUAUUCAAACUAUGUCUCUAGAUGUGCUACAGAGCGCGUAACCGUUUUAAAUCCAGCUUCUUUCGGGAAACUUGUUCGCGUCCUGUUCCCAGGUCUCAAAACUCGACGAUUAGGAGUACGAGGUGAAUCUAAAUAUCACUACGUUAAUUUUAGCUUAGCGGACGAUCAGCCCGACUUUACUGAUUCGCAAAAGAUUCAGAUUGUUCAAAACACUAGUGAACCUCCGCAUAGCUUUGUUAAUGGUUUCAAGUUUGUUCUCCUUUAA